AUGUCCAAAUUGGGAGUGGCAUUUCACCCUGCCCCUAUAUGUGGUAAGCCGUUACGUGCCACCAGGGAAUACCUUGAAACUGCUAAGCGGCUAGAGGCAUGCUUUCAAUACUUCGCAACUGAAGGGCUUCCGGACAAGAUAUAUCAUGAUCCCGGGUGUGUUACGCGCCACUUUGAUGCUAUUCAUCUUAAAGAAGAACCACUCAAAUGCAACUGGUGUGAAUUGGAAUGGAAUCGCAUUUGCCGUAUCCAGCGAGAAUAUAGGCCAGAGAAGUUCCAUACGAAUCCCGCGCGCGAGGAGAACGAGCAUAGAGAAAAGCCGAGUCUGCGCCAACCGUCGUGA